CACCUAAAUUUCCUGUUGGCAACGUUAGUCAUUUGUAAUACUGAAAAAGCGUAAUGGUAUUAUGGAAUCAGUAGACCAGAAUGGUGCUGUAUUAUCUUCUCAAUUGACAGUUGAUAAUGUCGAUGUAGAAUUUUUACCACUCAUAUAUGAGAUAAUCAGAUGUGUUGAACGAGACCCGCACGAUACAAGCCAGAAAGCAAGGGAGUCUCAGGAUACAAGCCAGAAAAUACUAGAACUGCAGAGAAAGCUUGAUCAAGCACGGAAUCAGAUCCGCAAACUUCCUGGCGUGGAAUAUAGCAAAGAAGAGCAACUCCAGAAACUUGAAACUCUGAGAAAACAGCUGCAAUUAAAGAAAGACCUUUUGCUGAAGUAUAGACAUAUGUGUACUUUUGACAUUCCAAAAUCUUAAAAGUAGUAAGCGAGUGGGAUGGUUCUGCGCUUCUUCUUCCGUUAUUUGGCCAACAAUGAACGAGUUGUGAGUCGGUUGGCUGAAUCCUAUCCGAUCCGUCGUGCAGCUCAACUUGUGGUGUACCUGUUCACACGUGGCCAACAGGCAG